UGGCGAGACAUCUCAUCUUCAAAUCUAUUCAGAGCCAGUAACUUCUGAACAUAUCGAAUUGCGAGCUCUCUGAUACCAACAUUUAUCCACAGACUCAGGACCUGUGUCAUGUAUCUCAGUCUCAUACCUUGACUGAGAGUGCAAUCUUCCGGUCUUGGGAGAUGUGUCUACGAUGGCCGAGGUUGCGGGGCUUGUUCUCGGCACUAUUGCUCUAGUCAUAUCGGCAUAUGAGCACCGCAAGGCUCUCCUAGAUCCUGCGGAGGCAUUCUUCUACGGGAAGAAAGACUACGAUAAGAUCAUACGAAGAUUGCAUAUAGAGCACGCUUCAUACGAUCAGAACAUACGGUUACUACUCAUCCAUGCUGUCAGCGAAGAAGAACUAGAGCAAAUGAUCAAAAACUCACAGGAUUCUCUGUGGAAGAGCGCAGCACUCGCUCGCACUCUCAAGAAAGAGUUAGGAAGUGCGUAUGAACCCACGAUGGGCUUGUUGGAGGAUCUCGGGGAUCUUCUGAUCAAGAUCGUGGCCAAGCUAGGCAUAGCUGGCUCAGAUACGGUAAAGAAACAAGGGCUUGCAGUCUUCAUCUCUUCAAAACCUCCUCGGUCGAGUUCUCAGGAUCUUCAAGAGCGAUUUAGGUUUGAGAAACGGCUUGACUUCACUUUCAAGAAGCGGUCUGUGGACAAAAAGCUCCAAGCGAUUAAUGACUUCAACACCCACUUGCGUAUUCUUUUGCAAGGGGCAGAUAAGAUCAGUCAGCUUCAGCAAGACGAAGGCUCGUGCAGUAAGGCUCGCAUUCAAUUCGUAGGCCCCCUGCAAAGCAUCCAGCAGAAUGCUUCUCGACUUCACAGAGGACUCCAUAAGAGAUGGUGCGGAACGCAUGACUGCCAUCCAGCAGGACUUCUACUCGAACAACGGCUAUACCGGAAAAGGGUUCACAGACAAGGUCUACUCAAAGAUGGUGGGAAUCUGGAACGAUUCGAAGUUGCAUUACCGAGAAUCGGGGAGAAGGUAUGGCUUGACAUGGAAGUCCGUGUUCUAGGUGAAAGCAUACCGGAAUCCAGUCCCAAAGUACCCAAAAUUAGAUUUGACGUGCCUGGACCUUCAUUUCCACCCGCUCCGCCGGCUUUAGAAAUCAAGGACAUUUGCUCUGCCAUUGAAGGGGCCAUGAAUCCACAGACUGGACUAGAUCUGGAUUCUUCAGAUGUCUUGCGGGGACUCUACGGUGUCGAUACACAAGAACGUCAUCUCGCUCAAGACCUAAUGUCGCUGGAUGCUUUCCUGGCCGCAAAUACGAUGCAACUAGGAAUGGCUGACUUGCUGUGCCUGGCAGUCACUCUCGUAUCAUCCGUGAUCCAACUUGGAAAAACACCAUGGCUGGUACAGCCAUGGAACCGGCAUAAUAUUUGUCUUUCUACGUCUCAAGGGCGAUAGGAACUCGCCGAUAGAUGCCAAGCACCCUUACUUGGCGUACAAGUACAAAACGUCGGCUCAGGCGGGGCCUCCGCCCCAAACUUCCGACAGCUCCGUGAUAUUCUCCAGCCGUCAAAGGAUGCUUUCCCUGGGCAUCAUGCUCCUGGAGAUUCAUUGCGGAAGACCAUUAGAGAGCCUGACGAAGCAAGCCGAUUUGGGUCGCGACGGCUUACCAAACGAAGAAACAAGCUAUACCACUGCAUCGAGGGUACUUGAAGAGCGAGGCAACGAUGGCCAAGUAUCUCCUGGCUUUAAAAGAGCCAUAG